AUGCUAAAACUCCUAAGAAACUUCAGGUUUUUAUCUCUCAGGGAAUUUUUAGCAGCUUAUAGUAUCGCAGAUCUUCCAGACAUAGUAGAUAGGGUGUACAUAAAAGCAGACAGAAGCCCUCAGAUUUCUUCAUUUGCAAGUAACCUGAAGGAGAUAGAACUGAUUUCAAAGGCUGUCAGGGUGCUUCUAUCAAAGGAUCAGGAAAACCAUCUUUGCGCAGGAUACAAAAAGUGGAGGUCUGGGUCGCCAGACCCCAGGAUUGUAUGUUACUCGCCUAGUGUAUCCUCAAAGAUCCUUAGAUCCCACGAGUGGAGCCAGUUGAUGAGAUCCAUUGGUGAUGAACUGGUUCUCUUCAUACUCAUAGAGUGCCUUGUAAUUCAAGUAGUCAAUGGAAGCUAUGUCUUUCUGGCAGGAAACUUCAAAAACCUAAGAAGGGUUGCAAUCGAAAGAGACAGCAACACCUUGAGCAGGAAUGUGAUUUUUUGCAAGCACAUUAGAAGAAUGGACUUUUGCUCGUCAUCUGCUUUCGAGUAUGUCUUUGAGGCUCACAGCUCAGAAAAAUAUAAGACUAUACAGAGCGAUACUAGAAAUGUACUGGAAAGUAUAGAAAAGAGAUGGAGGAGCUUGCCUAUUCAUUCGGUUUUCAGGUCCUUCUUCAAGGACGAUCUGGCCCUGGAGGGUAAAGGCAAUAUUUUGGAGUGCUGUGUCAAGCAAUCAAAACUUGUAAACUUCUUGUUUCUUAUUUCGAGAAAGCUGUUUAAAGACGCCUUCGACUCCCACGGAUUCAAAAUACUGAAGUCCAGAUUGUCUCUCCUUGUCCACAGGAACCGCUAUGAAACGAUCAACAAAAGUGAGUUGAUGAAGUACUUCAGAAUCUCGAGGUUUAAAUUCUUCAGAACAGUGCGAUGCACAAGAAACGAGUUUGUCUUCAGAUUUAAGGUAUCUUCAAGGUUUCUAGUCUACAUCAUGGAGAAGAUCAUCAUACCUAUUAUUUCGAAGUAUUUCUAUUCCACAGAGUCCUCGUUCUCUAAAUUCAAGGUGUACUACUUUCCAAGGAUCAUAUGGCAGUAUUUUUCCGACAUUUAUAUUGACAGGUUCCUAAAGAAGUUCGAGGAGGUGGAAAAGAACAGGGCCUAUCCAUAUUCAGAGCUAAGAUGCAUUCCUAAGAUCAAUGGUGCUAGGAUCAUUUCAAACAUGUCUAAGACCAGGGGAGGGAGGCCAUCGAUCAACAAGACCGUCUAUCCAGAAUUCUGUAUUCUGAGGCGUGAAACCCAUGGAAUGCUGGGGAAUUCAAUACUAAACCAUUCUGGGAUGUGUGGAAGGCUUAUUCCAUAUCUUUCUAAGUCUGAAAGGCCCCUGUAUAUUCUAAAGGUCGAUCUUUCUGGAUGUUUUGACAACAUUCCUCAGGAUGAGGUUGUGAGCCUUGUCAAGAGACUCCUAAACAAAAGCAGAUACUGCACAAGAACCUUUUCUGUAUUGGAGGAGUCGAACGGAGAGCUAAAGAGCAGAUACAUUUGCAGGGCGGGAAAGGUCGGGGAGACUAUCGAGGGGUUGGCGAUGGAGUUGAGCAGCCUUAAGAACAAAAUUAUAAAGGAAAACACUAACCAGAGGAUACUGGAAAAGGAAGAGAUUGAAAAUGUCAUAGUAAGCACUGUUAAGAGGAAUUAUGUGAAGUAUAAUGGAAGGUUCUUCAUACAAAAAACUGGGCUUGCUCAAGGGUCUGUGACAUCUACACUCCUGUGCAGCCUGUACUAUAAGAGUAUUGAUGAUCUCUAUUUCGACAGGAUCUUCAAGGAAGGAAUACUCACGAGGUACAUAGACGACUUUCUUGUGAUCUCUCCGGACAUAAAUGAAAUAUUGAAGUUUCUGGAGGUGUCCCAAUCUAUCUCACAUCUAGGAAUAAACUUCAGCAAGGAAAAGAUAGAGUCGAACUUUGGACUAGAGGAGUGCUUGAACAAGGUGUCCAACAUCUCUGAGCUUUCCAAGUACAGAGAUAUCAUGAAGAUAACAGACAAGCCUGUCAGAUGGUGUGGAACAAAGAUACUUUCCAACGGAUACUCAAUCAAGUCAUGCACUGUUGAUCCAUAUCUUCCUUUUUCCAUGGCCCACAGUUCAACAAGGCCCGGGAGGGCCCUGGAAUACAGAAUGAGGAAGCUUUUGCAAAACAGGAUGUCUAAUGUUUACAUAGAUCCAAACAACAAGAAGGCAUAUGAAAACAUAUAUGAUGCAUUUUUAUUCUGCGGAAAGAAGAUAGGUCUUCUUCUCAAGAGAAUGGACUUUGUCAACUGUUCUUUUGCCAAAAGAAUCAUCGAGUAUUCAAAGCGUUUUGCUCUCAGGACCUGUCAUGAGCGUGGAAUUUCCAUAACAAAGAAGAAGAUAGAGAGCAUAGCAUCGAGGGCUUUUGAGCGAAGUGGAAUCAACAAAAUGAUAGAGCUUGGUUGA